CUCACCUCUUGGCAACCGAAAGACGUAUCAACAACUAGAUGGCGCUACUCGAAAACCGUAUCGAGAUUUCUCAUUCUCUCUCUGACUUGCGAGGAGGUAGGAGUAGUGUCAGGGCCGAACUUACCCUAUAGGUGUAUUAUCUGUGACAGGCAGGUGUUGUGACAAAUUAGAGCGGAAUUUUAUAAAAAAAGGACUCAUAUUUUAGACAAAAUGGCCUCUGUAACUCAUAAGUGUGUUUACGCGGGAUGUUUUGAAAGAAACGAUGGAACAAAUAAUAAUAUAUCUUUCUUUAAAUUUCCACUGAAAGACGUAGAGCGUACAAAAAUUUGGCAAAAAAACUGCGGGAACAUUGAUAUUUUAUUGAUGGAUAUCACUGACCUUAUACAGAGGGUAAUUUGCCAGCAUCAUUUUGCAGUGGAACAUAUUUACCAAAGUGGCCAAAGAAAGUUAUUAAGGAAAAAUGCUGUUCCUCUAAAAUUUACACAGUUAACAACUGAUUUAGGUGAUAUCCCACCAGUAUGCUCUACAUACGUUUAUUGCGGUACGAAACGUAAAAGAUCUACAAGUGACGAUUGUAUGGUUAGGUCAACUCCAUCGCCUAAGAGAUCAAGUAGUACUCUCAGUGAUAUUUCCAGUUUUGAAAUUAAUUUGCCCACAAAACUUGAAACUGAAUUGACGGAGAAGGUAAAAAAAUUGGAGUAUCAAGUAAAUGCUUUAAAGAAGAAGUGCCGUCAGAAGAACAGUCAGUGUUGUAGAAGAACAACAAAAAACAAAAAAUCGGCAACCAAAUUCAUGUUACAGGUACUGUUAGAAAAUAAAAGCAAAUACGUGCACACAUUUGUUAAUAUGCAGUUUUCACACAAAACUCGUUCACAAUGGAGUCACAAUGAAAAGGAUUUAGCUCUGGCCAUUUAUUAUAAGUCUCCUAGUUGUUACAAAUUUUUAAUUAGAUCUCUUAACUUUAUAUUACCUUCAGUAAAAACAAUUCAAACUUGGUUGCGUGUCAUAAAAUUAAGAACUGGUUUAAACACUUCCUUAAUUGACAAGUUGAAGAAAAAAGCAGAGACAAUGGAUGAGUUGGAAAAAAUUUGUGUGUUAAUGUUUGAUGAAAUUUCUUUGAAAAAAAAAUUGGAGUACAAUAAAUUAGAUGACAUUAUAGAAGGGUUUCAAGAUUUAGGUGCUUUAGGAAGAACAAACAAACUUACCAACACAGGUCUGGUUUUCAUGAUGCGCGGCUUGCUACAUAACUGGAAGAUUCCGAUUUGCUAUUUUGUUACAGCAAUACAUAGCGACAACUUAAAAAACAUUGUAGUUGAAGUUGUUUCAAAAUUACAAAAUAUUGGGUAUAUACCAAAAGUGUUAGUGUGUGAUCAAGCAUCUAAUAAUAGAGCUUUAUUUAAGCUGUUAGGCGCAUGUAAGGAUCAGCCUGCAAUAGAAAUAGGAAAUCAGAGGAUUUUCACUGUUUUGAUACACCCCACUUAUUAA